GAUGACAUUUACCAAUGGGUUAGAGAUCACCGCGUGCACCACAAAUUCAUUGACACCGACGCGGAUCCAUAUAACGCGAGAAGAGGAUUCUUCUUCUCGCACGUAGGUUGGCUUCUAAUACGUAAGCAUCCUGAUGUUACGCUCAAAGGUGCAACGGUCGAUUGCAGUGAUCUCAAGCAAGAUCCAUUCGUGAUGUUUCAAAAAAAGUGGUAUCUGUAUAUGAUGUUGUCUUGCUCUUUUAUUAUACCAGCAUUAGUACCUUGGUGGUUGUGGGAUGAGAGUUUGUGGUAUUCGUGGCAUCUUGCAAUCUUCAGAUAUUGCGUAAAUCUGAAUGCUACUUGGUCGGUAAAUUCCGUGGCUCACAUAUGGGGUAUGAGACCAUACGACAAGUCACUCAGUUCUACCAACAAUAGUGGAGUUGCUAUAGUAACGUUAGGCGAAGGUUGGCAUAACUAUCAUCACGUCUUUCCUUGGGAUUAUAAAUCAGCGGAAUUUGGAAAUUAUGGACUCAAUCUUACUACAGCUUUCAUUGACUUUUUCGCUUAUUUGGGCAUGGCUUAUGACUUGAAGACCGUACCUGCUGAUGUGAUAAAGAAACGUGUUCUUCGAAAUGGCGAGACACAUGAUAAUAAAUCUAGCAGUUAUAUAAAUUAAAAUAUACAGGCAAUUAUUUUCCAUUCAAAACUAAUUUUUAAAAAGAAAGAAUGUUGUGCGGUGAGGACACAAGAGGAUCCGACGGGACUCCGCAGGGGAACGGGAUUUCAAUAAAUUUUGUCACUCCGACACUUAAUUUUCACUAAAUAAACAGACUUUAAUUUCA